CGCACUCUCGGGCCAAUCCCGCACCCUACUAGCAAUGCGCUCGAACUCCUUUUGAUACUCCCUCAGACUACCAACCUGCUUAAUUCUAGACAAAGCCUCAUUGCUCCACCCGCUCAGGGUGAAGAUCAUGGUCGUAUGAUUGAGCUAUUCCAGAACAUGCGUCCCCCAACCUUUUCUGGAGAGGAGGAGCCAACAACUUUAACAGAGUGGUUCCAUAAGCUGGAGAGGAUCUUCACCAUUGCUACUGACAAGUACAUUCCCAAGAGCUAUCGUGAUCAGAAGGAGCGAGAGUUCUAUGAUCUCCGACAGGGUACCACUUCCGUUGAUUUGUAUGCUAGGGCCUUUACCCGGUUGAGUGUUUUUGCUCGGCACAUGAUCGAGACUGAGGAGAGGAAGGCUCGUAAGUUCAGAGAUGGGCUUCACCAGGACAUUCGUGUUUUGGUGGCUAGUCAUGGGGAACUUCCUUUCACAUACACAGUUAUCCGAGCCCAGCAGAUUGAGAGUUGCAUGACCCCGGUGGCCCCCGUCUCUUCCUACUAUCAUGCCCAGCCUACUCAGUCAGGUAUCCAGCCAGCUGUUACUGCUCAGCCACCAUCUGGCUCGAGCAAGAGGAGGAAUGACCAUCACUCGGGCCAUAAGAAGUUUAAGUGCCCAGAUCCCGGCAAGAAGCCAGUGAGAGCUCCGCCUAUUCAGCAAGUUCAGGGAGGACAGCCGAGGUGUGGAUCAUGCGGUAGGUUCCAUGCAGUAGGAGAGUGUUUCGUUGCCCAAAAGACGUGUUAUAACUGCCAUCGUCUCGGACACUUUGCUCACAAGUGCCCCGAGCCAAAGAGGGAGAACCCAGGACCGCACCAGCAGCAGCUUCCGUACCCACCACACCAGCAUCAGCUCCAGUACCCGCAGCAUCAGCAGCAGAACCAGCAGCGACCUGUGGCCCAGGAUCGAGUUUACGCUCUCACCAAUGAAGAGGCCGCCAACAACACAGGUACCACUGGAAUGCUUUCUAUUUCGAACGUGCCUGUCUUUGCCCUAUGUGAUACUGGUGCCACGCAUUCUUUCGUUUCUUCUAGUUGUUUGGAGGACUUAGGAAUUAAGGACAUCAGUGAGGUCGACGCUCUCGAGGUUAGCCUAGCCUCGGGAAAGACGAUCGCUACUGCUUCAAUGGUUCGAGUUUUGCAAGUUAAUAUCGGCGGCAGGAACUUAGAAGCCAACACUUAUAUUAUUGAGAUGCGGGACUUCGAUGUGAUUCCCGGCAUGGAUUGGCUUACCGAGUACCGCGCCAACAUCAGAUGUUUAGAACGUGAGGUAACUCUACUUCCCGAUGAUGGCCAACCGAUCACCUUUUUCGGAGCAAAGACGAGACUCGUGUCCAGGGUUAUGUCUUCAUUGAAGGCGAUGCGGACCUUAUCAGAGG